AUGCAGUACAUUCCCUGGGUGAACCACAGCUCUGUGUCCGAGUUCAUUCUUCUGGGAUUUUCCAGAAACUCCCAAAUUAAUGUGAUUCUCUUCAAUGUAUUCCUUUUCCUCUAUAUCUCUACACUUUUUGGCAAUGGACUCAUUGUCACAUUGAUUCAUCUGGAUUCCCGCCUCCAUACCCCUAUGUACUUCUUCCUCAGUGUCCUUUCCAUGCUGGAUAUGAGCUACGUCACCACCACUGUGCCCCAGAUGUUGGUGCAUCUUGUCUGUGAGAAGAAAACUAUCUCCUAUGUUGGAUGUGUGGCCCAGAUGUAUAUAUUCUUGGUGCUGGGCAUUACUGAGGGCUGGCUUUUCUCUGUCAUGUCUUAUGAUAGAUAUGUGGCUAUCUGUUACCCACUCAGGUACAAGCUUAUCAUGAGCCCAUGGUUAUGUGGGGCAAUGGUGGUCUUUUGUGGUCUGUGGGGUGUUAGCUGUUCCCUCGUCUAUACUGUCUUCACUAUGCGUCUGCCUUAUUGUGGUCCAAAUGAAAUCAACCACUUCUUCUGUGAGGUCCCUGCUGUCCUGAAGCUGGCUUGUGCAGAUACUUCCCUCAAUGACAGGGUAGAUUUUAUUCUUGGCUUCAUCCUUCUCCUGAUACCUCUUUCCUUCAUUCUGGCCUCUUAUAUCCGCAUCUUUGCCACCAUUUUGAAAAUCAGCUCAACUCAAGGUAAACUCAAGGCCUUUUCGACCUGUGCAUCUCAUAUCACUGUGGUCACCAUGUUUUGUGGACCUGCCAUGUUUAUGUACAUGAACCCUGGUGCCAAUGCUUCCCCAGAGAGGGACAAGAAACUAGCCCUCUUCUACAAUGUUAUUUCUGCCUUCCUCAACCCCAUCAUUUACAGCCUCAGAAACAAAGAUGUAAAGAGGGCUUUCCAUAAGGUAACGGGGUGGGGGAAGACCACUGAGUGA